GUGGGAAUCAAGGUGCGUUGGUGACAGGUGUAUGCUAUAAGCAAUGGAACAGAGACUGUGGUCUUUCCCACUUCAGCUAGACGUUCAUAGGCCUCAAGCUAUUAGACGUAGAAACUAUGAGUUGCUGUGAUUUUUGACAGCUGUAACAAUGCUAUUUAAGUCAUAGGACAGCAUUAAAAUGCCAACGAUAUUAUGUAAACUCAGCCUUGACAUUGAACAACCGGCUAACGUUAAUUGGCCUAAACUACGUGCAAAGCGACAAACACACAUUCGGAUGGAUAUAUGGAAGAAACUGCAAAAAGUAGUACAUUCAAGCGGUCAUAUUACAAAAUACACAAACUGUCAAGAUCCCCUCCCUGUGUCCCUCCUGUCGAUCACUUGCCCCUCUCUUAUCGCGUGAAGCUCGCCACAUGGAACCAGAUCAUGCCCGGAAACGAUGGUUUUAUUCUUCACCAUAAAAGUUUACAAUUUGUCAAGCCUGAGUACCUAGUGACCGUCUCUCGACCUACCGACUACCCCUCGCGCCUGGCCAGCUGAGAAGAAUCUCGCGCUCGGGAGGUGAUCCAGGCUUUGAGAAGAGCAGAGGAUGAGGAGACAACAUCACCCACACAGCACGACCACCAUGCAGACACUCGGGGUCCCUUUUUUGCUGUUUUGGCUUGUCUGGGGCCACUCCUCCGCUCUCGGCGGAAAAGCAGAUGGAGUUUGAAGAAGGUGAAGGCUGUCAGAUAUGCGUAAAAGCUCCAGAAAACAAUUAUGAACAAGCACAAGCCAUGGAUUGAGACAUCCUACCACGGUGUGAUCACAGAGAACAUGGACACUGUACUGCUGGACCCUCCUCUGGUAGCUCUAGACAAGGAUGCCCCGGUCCCCUAUGCUGGGGAGAUUUGUGCCUUUAGGAUCUAUGGUCAGGAUGCUCCAUUCGAGGCGGUGGUGUUGAAUCGGACAUCAGGAGAGGGAGUCCUGAGGGCCAGUAGCCCUGUGGACUGUGAGAGCCAGAAAGAGUACACCUUUAUAAUCCAGGCCUAUGACUGUGGGGCUGGACCUAGUGGGGCCGACUGGAAGAAAUCCCACAAGGCAGUGGUUCACAUCCAGGUAGAUGAUAUCAAUGAGUUCUGUCCUGUGUUUCGGGAGCCACUGUACAAGGCAUCAGUAACAGAAGGCAAGAUCUAUGACAGCAUUUUGCAGGUGGAAGCUUGGGACCAGGACUGUUCACCACAAUACAGCCAGAUCUGCAACUAUGAAAUUGUCACUGCUGGGACACCAUUUGCCAUAGACCGCAAUGGUAACAUCAGAAAUACAGAGCGACUCAGCUUUGACAAGCAGCAGAGCUACAAUAUUAUGGUGACAGCCUUUGACUGUGGUCAGAAGAGAGCAAAGGAGGAUGUGGCUGUGCAUAUUGAUGUCAAGCCUGUCUGCAAACCUGGAUGGCAAGGUUGGAACAAGCGUGUGGACUAUGAGCCAGGGACCGGGAGCAAGCAGCUGUUCCCCAAGAUGCACUUGGAAACCUGUGGCGGUCCCCUGUCUGGCGUGAGGGCGAUGGUAGAGCUGCAGACCAAUCACAUUGGGAAGGGCUGCGACCGUGAAACAUACUCAGAGAAAUCUCUGCAAAAACUCUGUGGUGCAGCAUCAGGCAGCACCGACCUCCUUCCUGCCCCCAGCCUUUCCACAAACUGGACAGCAUCUCUGCUGACUGACAGUGGGCGAGACAGCGACCUCAUCUACAGAUUCGAUGGACGUCAGGCUGCUAAUGUUCCAGAUCACGUGGUUCCCCAAAACCUGACAGACCAGUUCACCAUAGCAACCUGGAUGAAACACGGGCCCAGUCCAGGACUUAGAGCUGAGAAGGAAACCUUACUGUGUAACUCUGACAAGACUGAGAUGAACCGCCACCAUUACUCUCUGUAUGUGCACAACUGCCGCCUGGUGUUCCUGCUCAGAAGAGAUUUCACUCAGGUCGACACUUUCAGACCUGCCGAGUUCCAUUGGAAACUGGAGCAGAUCUGCGACAAGGAAUGGCACUAUUAUGUGAUCAACGUGGAAUUUCCUGCAGUGACACUAUUUGUGGAUGGUGUGACCUAUGAACCCUACCUGGUGACGGAUGACUGGCCAAUCCACGCUUCAAAGAUUGAUACGCAGCUGACUGUGGGCGCCUGCUGGCAAGGUGGUGAGGUAGCGACCCCAAGGUUCACCCAGUAUUUCCACGGCAGCCUGUCAGGUCUGACAAUCCGACCAGGCCGCAUUGAAACCCAGAAGGUUAUCUCCUGUUUGCAGGCCUGCAAAGAAGGCCUUGAUAUUAACUCCCUUGAAAGCCUAGCUAAGGACAUCAAGUUCCAUUUUAACCCUGCCCAGUCUGUGCUGGUGGUGGAAGGAGAGGAUGUGGACAGCAUCAACACAGCCAUGACCAAGGUCUCCUACAUCAACUCUCGCCAGUUCCCCACCCCAGGCCUCCGACGGCUACACAUCACAACCACAGUACAGUGUUUCGGGGAGGACACGUGCCUCUCGAUCCCAGACAUCAAGGCAGUCGUUAUGGUGCUGCCGCCCAGUGAACCGAGAAUCACAAUUACAGGAUCUAAUCGACUCGUAAGGCCGGCCGGUGACCUGCAGGGCCCGCUAGGUGUGGCUCCCUUCAAAGAGCUUCAUAUCACCAGCACAGUAAUGAAGGGAGACAGCUUCAGUGGAUUCCGUAGGCCAGGUGUGAUGGAAGUGAUGCAUAACCUGGACUACUGCGACAUCCUGGUAAUUGGAGACGAAUUGAAUCCUGAGAGAGAGAGUCUGGAGAUUCAUCACAGUGCUUUGUUGGGAAAACACCUGGAUGCCACCAACUCCACCUCUGGAAUUUCAAUAUAUGGUGUGGACUCCAUGGCCCACUAUGAGCAGGCACUGAGACAGGUGCGCUACAGGAACUGGCGACCUGCCACCCUGAGUGAGAGAAGGUUCAGACUCACCUGCUCUGAACUCAACGGACGUUACACCAGCAACGAGUUCAGUAUGGAGGUCAGUGUUCUUCACCGCUCAGCGCCUGUGGAGCAUGUCAAUCAUAUGGCAGCCCAACCUCAGUACAUGAGACCUGUCCAUCACCCACUCAUGAUACAUACUCUCAACUCACAUGUGCCAGGACCAGCACCUCCAGCAGCCACAGUGGUUAUUGUGGUUUGUAUCGCCGCCUUGGUUGUGAUUGUGGUGAUCGGCGUGUACAGGAUCCACGCCACACAUCAGGAGGGGUCAAGAGAGGACGAGGACGAGGUCAAAGACCCUGAGGUGGACUGGGACAACUCUGCUCUCACCAUCACUGUUAACCCCAUGGAGAACAUAAGAGGAGCUCAGGCGCUGGAUGAAGAGGUAAAAGAAGAGAACCGGGAGGAGGAGGAAGAAGAGGAGGAUGAAGAACAGGUGGGAGGAAUGACAAGUGCUGAGUCAGAAAACAGUGAUGAAGAUGAAGAGGAGGAAGACGAAGAAGAGAGAGAAGAGGGGAAAGAUAGGAAGCAGAUUGGAAAGCUUGAGUGGGACAGUUCCUCCGUAACAUACUGACCACACACACACACACACACACACACACACACACACACACACACACACACACACACACACACACACAAAAGCAAAAUCACUGAUAAAAUUACCUACAUUCCGUUGCUGGAAACACCUUAAAUGGGCCCACGUUGUCAUUUUAAAUAAAACAUCUCCCUCUGCUGGACAAAAUCAGAACUACAGAAUCAGCUGCAGUCUCACAGUGCUGGAACAGUGUUUUUAUGCACAUUGUAAUUCACAUCAAAGUCAGUGAUCCAGGGAAAAAUAUAUCAAACAAGCACAGUCUCAUUAUGUGUGCAUAAUUAACCAGAGUUCUACUGAUAGAAUUGAAUCUCAAACUCUGAAACGAUCGAGAAUUAAAUCUUAAAUAUGGUGAGACAAAUAUAAACACAAGGAUGAAGUGAGCUUUUAUCCCAACAUUUGAUAUUUGCAAUUUCAUGUGUCCUCAGAUUACUUUUGUAUUGUUUACUUUUUAAACAGGUUGUCUGCAAUUUGGUGAGUUUAACAGCGAGCUGUAUCCAUAUAUAUAUUGAAUGAUAAAUGUAUCCAUAAACCUUUUUGAUAUAAUUCCUUUGGACUAUAUAGAGGGUAUAACAUAGCUGUAAUUUCACUCAGUGUAUAACCUCUGGUCUCAUCUUUAACUCAAACCAGACACUUUUGCUGUCCUUAAAAUCUGUGUGAUCAGUGCUGAGUUUCCCUAAACACAUCACAGUGCUGUGGUUCUGUGGCCUGGACACUGAAGAGAAACAUGUUCUCCCUCUCUCUCUCUUUAUCUCUUACAUAAACAUUCCACAUUUGUUCUGCUUUACGUACAAUACGAUGCAGAAUUAUUAACUGUUUAAAAUCUUUCACUUUUGUUUUCCUAGUAUUUAAAAGCUAAAAUGAUCACUUUUCUGUCUGAAGCUGAUUAACAAAGUUCACUGUAGUUCAGCUACUCUUAGAAACAAAAGAAUUGAUGGCGUUCAGAGUCUGAUUGCUGCAUCUGUGUCCUCUACCAUAUCUGUUCAUACUGUGGCCUAAUAUAAACCUCGCUGUUUAGGGUUAGAUCACUUAUCUUUCUUUUUUCAGCAGAUGAAAAGGUAGAGAGAUGUUACUGUAUGCUAUUGAAAUCCUGUCUUUCCUUGUUUUUAUUUCCAUAAUCAUGGGAGCCCUCUGUGCAUUUAUGGGCCCGGUAAAAAUACCUGUGCAUAGAAACAGGGAUACUCCAGUGAUUUGGACUUAUGAGAGACAGAUUUUUAAAUGGUCAAAAUUAGUGCAGCAGAGGCUGAGAUAUCCUGACCUGACUUUGAGUGCCUAGAAAGGGUCAAUCUCCGAAAAUGCCUGAUCCUACACUAACCAUAAUGCAACUCAGUUGCAUUUCUUCUUAGACCUGCCAAACAUCUAAAUUCAUCCGUUGCACAAACCCGUGGUUCUUGACUGUCUGGAGUACGACCCAGUAGGAGUGUAACAAUACAAAAAACUUCCUACAGCAUCAAAUCUCAGUGCAGUGCAGACCUGUAGCAGAGCUGAGAUGCUGUGUGCUGCUCCUUAAUGUGACAUGGCUCAGUACCUCUGCUAAUGUGACUGUCAGGCUCAGGACAGUUUCCUGGGCAAACCCAAAACGACUGACGAUGUCCUCACUGCUGUAUGUUUCCAACCGGUUACUGCGGUCUCUAAAAACUCUUUCCUUUCUAAUUUCUCUCUCCACAGCAGCAUUAGAAAACCACAAACUAUGAGCCACGUUUUCAUCCUUUUGUCAUUUGGUGCCGCCAAUUUGCACAUAUCACCGAUUGUUACCAUGGAAAUAUGGCUCGCACUGCUAAGUUAGCCUGGUGGUAGGGUGGUUAACUUUUUAGGCUUAAAAUAAGUCAGUCUUUAUUUUUGUGAAAGUUCUAACUUGCAUUUGAGUAAUUUAAGAGCAAAAUUAAGACUAACCACAGACCGGUCUCCACACAUCCUGAUUGUAACACAGGCUUUAUGUUUGUCUCAUGUCGAAGCAGUGAUAACCCUGGUUACAUCGUCUGGGUUAUUUUCUCAGACUUGAUGAAACCUCCUGCAGAGCCACAGAUGACACUAUACCACUGUUUUCACUUACUGAGUGGUACGCAUCUUCAUGUGUAAAAGUGCCCCUUUAAAGCGAAGACCCACAGAUAAACUUUGCUAAACUUUGCUGGAGAAAAGAAGCAGAGGUGGAAACUUCAAUGACACCGAUUCCAUCUUGUACCAUCAUUAUAACAUUUAAGUAAAUCAGCUCAGACAAAAUCCCAGUUUAAUCUCACGAGUUUGUCUUCACUCAAAUGAUCUAAAAGAAACUCCAUAUCCCUUUGACUCUCCAUUUCCGCUCAGAAAAAUCGCCUGUCGCCUGUUCAGGACGGUACGGUUGACUAUCACUCCCUCUGAGCGCUCUAACUGAUGCGUCUCCCGUUCACCUUUCCCUGCCUCUGUUGGUCUUUAAGCACCUGUGAUUGUGAUGUCAUCAUUGUGAAAAAACUGCCUUGUUUCCCCCGUCCCCCUUUUGUCAUAUUGUGCUUCUGAAAGAUUCAAGAGAAAAAAAGAUUCUUUUACAUAUAAAAACAAACCCUGUAAAAAUGUUCAGGACAGUUAUUUUAUAUAUCUGUUUCUUUUUCUUUUUGUAAACAAAAUGGUUGGGAUCUCCCUCUCUUUAGUGGUCAUCCCACUG